AUGCUGAAGAGUGAAGUGUCCUCUCUGAUAUCUGCUCUGGAGGAGGCCACGGAGGCUCAGACCAAAGUGGACCUGCUGCAGAAGGAGACACAGGACCUCAAGAGUGAAGUGUCCUUUUACAAAGCAGCUCUGACCAAAGAAAAGUCGUCAGUGAAGGAGGCUAAGGGGAAACAGGCGGUGCUGGUGAAAGAGACACAUGAGCUGAAGGAAAAAGUCUCGUCUCUGACAUCUGCUCUGGAGGAGAAGAGGAACAAGGACCUGGACGAGGAGAGGAACAAGGUCUCAGAAGCUCACAGUGAAGUUGAGCUGCUGCAGACAGAAGUGUCCUCUCUGACAUCUGCUCUGGAGGAGGCCAAGGAGGCUCAGACCAAAGUGGACCUUCUGCAGAAGGAGACACAGGAGCUCACGAAAAGGAUCUGCUCAGUGGAGUUGAAGGAUCAGGUCCCCUCUCUGACCAGUGCUCUGGAGGAGGACAGGAGGAGUCUGGAGGAGACUCAGAGUGAAGUGCAGAGGAUGGAGAAGGAGAUGCUGCAGCUGAAGGAAGACUUGUCCUCUCUGAUAUCUGCUCUGGAGGAGGCCAUGGAGGCUCAGACCAAAGUGGACCUGCUGCAGAAGGAGACACAGGAGCUCAGGAGUGAAGUGUCCCUUUUCAAAGCAGCGCUGGCUGAAGAAAAGUCAUCAGUGAAGGAGGCUAAGGGGAAACAGCAGGAGACCAGCUCCACUCUGAGGCAGGAGAACAACCUGCUGCAACAAACCAUGGCCACAAUGGAGCAGCAGCGACAGGAGGAACUCCUCCAGAAGAAGAACAGGAAGAGGAGGUGGUUCUUAUGUGGCUCUGAAGGAGCUUCCAGCCAAUAA